ACUUUGGGGGCGUAUCUGGAGCGUAGCGACCCAGAACCUCUAAGACCUCCGUGAGCCUCGCUGACGCAGAAAUCACGGAACUUUGAGACUUAUAGUGAAGCGACAAAGUUCGGUCAAGUUCAGUCAAGCUCAGUCAUUUUCGGGGAGGGUCAAGGGAUUUCCCGUCAUUUGUUAGACCAAUUUGAGACAGCAGACAGAUAGACAGUUAGACAGGGGGUUCUAGAACUUUUUUACUUUUCUUAAACUGAACUACUGAACUUCAGUAAUCAGUUCACUCUGGGUAGAAAACUUCUGAUAGCUGUCUAUCUGUCUCAUUUUGGUUUCAUUUCGGACGGGACUACCCCCCAUUUCCCCCAAUUAUCGCCUAUUUUUUUUGGAAAUUAUUGAACUUGACUGAACUUUUACUGAACUUCCCCCCCGUCCCGACAGCUCACGAAACCAUACGAAAAUCACGGGAGUUCGGGGCGUAUCUGGAGCGUAGCGACCCAGACCUCAUAGACCUCCGCGAGCCUUGCUGACGCAGAAAUCACGAGACUUUGUAGCACCUCUUUAAGCCCUCAAAAAUACCAAAAAGUUUGCCUAUUUUUGAGACCAAUUUUACGAAAAUCAAGGCUAUUUUUCAUCUUCAUAAAACAUCAAGUUGCCCCCCAUAAUACGGAGUGCCUUGACAACUGGUUCUGAUUCUGGUGAGGGUUCUCGUGGCAAUGGCGAGGGCUCUCGUGGCGAUGGUGUGGGUUCGGGUGUUUCUGAGGCUGGAGGAGGUGUCUCAGCCUCUUUUUCAGCCUCUUUUUGAGCCUUUUUUUAAGACCUCAAUUCCAAGGCUCUAUUUCGUGCCUUCUCAAAUUGUAGUUUUUGUAAUUCACUACGCUCUUUUUUUGGUUUUUGUUCGUCCAUUAUACACUUUUGCAGAAGAAAAUAUUUACGAUGAGCUAUUCAAGUUCCUAACGAUGAUAGGGCUUUAA